UUUAGCCGGUUCGUUCACGACUGACACAUCACUAUUCUCCAUGUAGCUAGCUACCAGGAGAGGCUAGGCUAACUAGAGGAAGAUUGUAUUGAAGACCAUUUUUUCUCUCCGUCAACCCCAAUUCAACAGAGGUCCUUGAGUCCGAAAUGACGUACAGGAGAGACAGGACUAUACGAGAAGUGUAUGAUGACCGGUUUAUAAAUGAGAGGCAGGGUCAGUACCCACGGGGAGGUGGCGGAGCAGAGAGGAGGGGCCCCUUCAACAGACCAGAGGAAGACUACAAUCGCGGCGGGUACGAAUACGAAGGAGGUCCACGCUUUUUCCCGAAUGGAGGAGGCCCACGAAAUUAUCAUGAAGAUCAGAGGGGCUACCACGGCGGCGACAACGUUCAACAUUUCCCCGCUGAACGCAGAACUGGUCCACCUUCAAGGAGGGAGGAAUAUCCUUACAGAGGAGGACCCAGGGAAGACCAACACACAGGGCGGCCUAUGGAGUUUAGCGCCCGUGCACCGCCUCCUCAUAAUGUGCGAAACCAGAGCAUCUACCCGGCGCCCAGAUCGCUCCCAGAGAGCGGUGACGACACACUAGUUCAAGCCAUCCUCAACCUGGACAGAGGGGAAGACAGAGACCACUACAGGAGAAAGACGGCCCCAUUCCCUCCGCUCAGAGAGCGCUCCCCCGUGCGCCGCGACGUGGCCCGCUCCCCCCACAGCCGCUCCGGCUCCAGCGUCAGCAGCAGAGGCUACUCACCAGACAGAGCCAAGAGCCUGCCGUUUCCCUCACAGCAAGGCAAGAGUGUGGACGGUCCAGAGGGUCAUGCAGGUGUUUCUGAGCACCUGUGGGGGGCGCUCUUUCCUCAACAGAGUGGACAUGAAACAUUGGGGUAUGAAGAGACUUAUUCUCAGAGCAAGAUGACUGACAAAAUUCCUGGCCUGUCAAGAGAAGGCUCCCCACACAGUGCGACCUCAAACAAGGAAGAGAACCUUCCUCCAGAAGCAGAAAGAGAGGAGCCACCGGUGGCUCCGGUCGUGGAGGAGAGUCAAAAGCCGCCCACAGACAACUUUCAAGAGCGACGAGCCCUGGCCAUCGCAGCCAAAGCUCAGGAGAUAGAGAAGGUGUACCGGCAGGACUGCGAGACAUUUGGCAUGGUGGUAAAGAUGCUGGUGGCUAAAGACCCCAACCUGGAGAAGCAGCUGCAGGUUCCCCUCAGGGAGAACCUCGGGGAGAUCCGCGAGCGUUGCCUGGAGGACCUCAAACACUUCAUCACCGAGCUGGACGAGGUCGUCCGGCAGCCAGAACCUUCGGUCUGUGACUCGACCACCCCGCCGUCGACGGCUCUGACGGCUCAUAAACUUUCAAAGACAGGAGCCAAUCACAGCUCGUCUUACUGACACAUUGACACACAUAGGAUUUGAUUGCUGAUGGAUAUCGCCAAUACAAUUUUGGAUUGCUGGACUUGAGCCGAUUCUGCAGCACAGCAACCCUGAAGAACAACUCCACAUUGGGGAGGAUGCAAGUGUUGCAUUGUAUGUGUGGAUGAACAGUGUUAGUGUUGAACAGACCUUUUUGUACCUUCAAUUUAUCUGUUAAAUUUUGUUAAUUAUAAAAUAUUCUAAGUUGUUUCACGGUCAAAAAAACACACUUUCUCUGUUAAAAUGUCUCACCUCACAUGGAUACGGUUAACAUGGGUUUUGUUAUUUAAACAAUUUUGAUGAAAAUAUGUUUUGAAUUGAAUCAGUCAUGCAGCAUGAUCACACUUUUCUAAAAGAAAAGCCAGAUAAGACAAUGUUUUGUUUCGUAGUAUUUUCAGUCAUGUACAUUUUUUUUAUUUCGUAGCAGUCAGAUGUACGACUUGGUGCUGCUAAAAUUUACAGUUCUCCAUUCUUGUAUAAAUUUAUACUGUCUUGAAAUGCCAGUUUGGUUACUUUUUCAUUGUGUUGUCUCGUUUUGCUUUUCAAACUUUAUGUUUUUCGUCUUCCUCACAGAAAAAACCUGCACAAGGCUUCAUUAUUUUUGAUGACAUUUGAGACACAAAGCUUUGCACAAACUGAGGUGUCUCUGAAGGGUUGUAGUAAACAUGAUUUUCUGUUAACUUUAA